AUGGACAUCGUAGGGUCGUUCCCCAUGGCCACCGGACAACGGAGGUUCCUGCUCGUGGCGAUUGACUACUUCUCUAAGCAAGCUGAAGUCGCCAACCGCGAGAUCCUUCGUAUCUUGCAAGCUCGACUCGACCACAUCCGGGGAAGUUGGGUUGAUGAGCUCCCAAGUGUACUAUGGGCAAUCCGCACGACACCUAAGGAGGGAACAGGAGCAACCCCCUUCCACUUAGUGUAUGGAGGAGAGGCAGUCGUCCUAGUUGAGGUCGGAGUUAAAUCCGAUCGGAUACAGCAUUAUAGCAAAGACAACGCCGAGUGGAGGUUCCUGGAGCUGGACUUAGUGGAUGAAGCACGUGCCAAAGCCGUCGUUCGGCUCAUGGCCUAUAGGCAAAGAAUGUGUCAAAACUACAACCGGCGAGUGAUACCCAGAUCUUUUCAAGUCGGCGACUUCGUGUGGAAGAAGGUGAAGCCGGUCUACGACAUCACCAAGCUGGAGGCUCCUUGGGUUGGACCCUUCAAGGUCGUGGAAAAGCUACGGUCGGGCGCCUACUACCUAGAGGACGAGGAUGGAUGGCGGCUAGAGCGUCUGCAGAAUGCGAACCAUCUCCAGUCGUACCGAGCUUGA